AUGGCUCCGAGUCGGAAUCUUGACAGUAGAUGGGUUCGUAGAUAUCGGGCAUUUUUCAUCGUAGGUAGUGUAAUAUUAAGUAUCCAAGUCUUCCUUGCGUACAGAUUCUUUCCAAUUGACGCUGAAGGUGAUGAGUCUUCUCAGGAGCAUCGAGAUCUUUCAGGGAAAGGAGUAAAUGUAGAGGUUGUAAAUGAGGAUCUGAAUGGUGGAGUUUCAUCAAGAAGAUUUAAAGAAAAUUAUUUAGUAGUAGACGAUGAAGACAGUCCAAGCAAUAGCAAUCCAGCAAAUGGUUUAUACAUUAGAAACAAAGUUCCUCCUGAUAAAUCGGACUUCGUGCUGAGGAGCAAUGGGGGUGCCAUAGAGAAAGUGCCUAAGUUUAGUAGUAAGGAUGGAGGAUCUCUUGGACUAAAUCGUUCUAGUUUAAGAUUAGAAGAAUUAGAUUUUGUGCCUGUGUGUGAUAUCGUAGCUAAAGAAGCAAUAUCUGCUAUUCACCGUGCCAAGACACAACUCUGCAAACAGAAACUGUCAAACAUCACGUGCCUUAUACAGCAAAGGCAGCUGUACCCUCACCACCUUCCCAACUCAUGCCCAUCACCAGGUUUCACUGCAGGAAAAUCUUUAGGUUGCUACAGAGAUGAAAAGACUUUCCGGUUGCUUUCUGGAUAUUAUGCAAACCUCAAAACUACAAACUCACCAAAACACUGCAUCAACAUGUGCCUUCAGUCAGGAUAUCCUUAUGCUGGUGUACAAUACUCAACUGAAUGUUUCUGUGGGAAUGAGGAACCUCCGUCCGCAUCACGCCGCCCUGACUCAUCUUGUAACAUGAAGUGCCCAGCUGACCCCAGAGAAGCAUGUGGUGGUUACUUCACUAUCAAUGUCUAUGAAACAGGAAUUGCAAAAUUUACGCCUCAAGUGCCAAGAGAAGUUGCAGAGUCUGAAGAACCUCCAGUGAGAAUUGCCUUCCUUUUGACUCUGAACGGACGAGCAUUACGUCAAGUGCGACGGCUCAUCAAAGUCUUAUUUCACAGGGACCAUUUCUUCUACAUUCAUGUUGAUGCUAGACAAGAUUAUUUGUACCGUGAGUUGUUGGUUCUUGAACGCAGCCUUCCAAAUAUUCGCCUUGCUCGCCAUCGCUACGCCACCAUCUGGGGAGGAGCCUCACUAUUGCAGAUGUUGCUUGCAUCUAUGAAUGAGCUGCUGGAGUUAGGUUGGGACUGGGACUUUGUCAUUAAUCUUAGCGAGUCUGAUUUCCCAGUGAAGACCAAUAAUCAACUAGUGGAUUUCCUAACAGCAAACAAAGGACGGAACUUUGUGAAGUCACAUGGACGAGAAGUUCAACGCUUCAUCCAGAAACAGGGUUUGGACAAAACCUUUAUUGAAUGUGAUGCCCAUAUGUGGCGGACAGGCGAUCGCCGUUUACCAUGGGGUAUACAAAUGGAUGGUGGCAGUGACUGGGUGGCCCUCUCAAGGCCAUUUGUUGCUUAUGUUGCAACUGCUGUUCAAGAUUCUCAUGCUCAAAAGGAUGUUUUAGUGGAAGGGCUCAACACAGUGUUUAAAUAUACCUUAUUGCCUGCUGAAUCCUUCUUCCAUACUGCAUUAAGAAACUCUCAGUUCUGUGAUACAUAUAUAGACAACAAUCUUCAUGUGACCAACUGGAAGCGCCGUUUGGGUUGCAAAUGCCAAUACAAGCAUGUAGUAGACUGGUGUGGUUGCAGUCCUAAUGACUUCAAGCCAGAGGAUUGGCCACGUUUACAGGGCACUGAGAAUCGACAGCUGUUCUUUGCCCGUAAAUUUGAACCAGUUGUUAAUCAAGCGAUAAUAGAUCAAGUUGAAGACUGGCUGUAUGGACCAUAUCCUUCUAACAUAGCAAACCUGAAGAGCUACUGGCAGAGUGUGUACCAUUAUGCAGAUCUGAGUCCACCACCUGAUGACUCUCUUGUGACUCUGGCAGCCAGUCUUGCCCGCAUGUCUGCUAAGAGUCUUGUACUUAAAUCUGAUGGUAAUGGUUGCUUUGUUCAUCCAGGAAAUGUCCAUGAAGUGACUUCAUAUCAUAAUAAUGACAACUAUAAGGGGUCACUGGUAUUAUUUGAAGCACUGCUGAAUGGUGGAACUGAGAAAGUUGUGUUUGAAACAUUGGUGGAGCCACAACAUUAUAUGACAGUUCUGAAAGACACAGGACCCAGUGGGAGGUUAAAGUCUCUUCUGGUUAGUUCAGAUUAUGAUCAAAAAGAACAGAUGUCCCGUAAUUUCCUGCAUAAUCUGGGACCGUUUUCAGAACCCAUUCUGGUGUACCAGUUAGAUGUUAGCCCUCAACCAUCAACAUAUAAUGUCACAUUUUUAUGGGUGGAUCCAGCUGGUCAGCUGACUGAAAUGUCUGAAGUACAUAUGGAGGAUGGACAAGCGAUUAAUUUUGUAAAACCAUUGCUUCAUGAGCCACUGCUGCCAGGCGUAUGGACCGUGAACAUGGUGUAUGAUACUGCAGUUGUGGCUUUCACACAGUUCCUAGUCACCCCAUUGCAAUUUGUGUCAGGAACCAAUGUUUCUCAACAACAGGCUGGAUUCCUGCAUAGUGGUCCUGGACAACCAUAUCCAAUCCAUGAUGCAGCAGUUUGGGACAAACUACUGGACAACAAAGUAGACAGAAGUGCCUUACAAAGGAAAGCUCUGGUCAAUGCAAGACGAUUUGGUCUUGAUCUGAAGGACUGGAUUGACAGUUUGAAUUCAAAGUUCUACAAAGUUCUGGACACUUGUAUCACAUCUUCAAGUAUCCGUGCACUCUCAGAAUGUGAAAGGCUGCCCCUUGAACUUUGUGAGAAUACUGAAUGGAGCUCCCUUGCCCCUGACCCAAAGUCUCGAAUCACCCUGGUGAAUCUGACCACAGGACGUCUAAACAGAUGGAAGUGAGUGGGUAACUUUACACUCUGGCUGCUUAACCCAAGGAGAAAGAACUCUGGUGGUAGAGCUUCGAGGACUGUUUCAGGUAACCAUCAGAUCUAAUGUCUGUACUUCAAAGCAGUGUUUCUCAUCUAGUGGGACAUGGAAUCUCAAAAAUAAUAAUUAAUUCAGUCACAAAAAAUCUUAUACACAGAAACUUUCCUGCACUGUAAACACUGGCUUCUCAUUAUUGUUGCACUAUAGUCAUAUUUCUGCUGAAAAAACUAUGUUGUUUUAUAUAAUUGUAGUUAAAUAUUAUCAAAAAUUGUUACAAUUUUUAAGUUCUUAAGAACUUCCAUUAAUGAAUAAUGUAAUAUUGAUAUAUUCAUAAUUGUAUAAAAGUGCACUUCCUUGAAAAAGAGAAGCUUUGUUUUUACAACAGCUGGGCUGUGGUUAUUUUAAGUGACAAGUGGGACACGAGAUGCAAUAAAGUGAGAAUCACUGCUGUAAGUUAUUUCAUUUCAUCAUAAUCAUGUGGCAUAAUAAAGCAAAUAUCAUUGUAAUAUGGAGAAGCAGGACUUCAGAUUCAGACAUACAAUUGCUUUUCUACAGUUCAUAUUUUAGUCUCGCCAACUAAUGUAACAUGUUGGUCUCCUGAUAAGAUGGGUGAUGGAGAAAGAGGUGCUAAGAAAUCAGAUUAAUACUGUAUUGGAAGAUUACUGUAGAAACAGAACUGAAAAUAGGAUAUUCACUAGGCAGAACUGCAGUUAGUUGUAACAUAAUCUUACUGUAACUAUAACAUUUCAUAACUGAGAACAGUGAUGACACCACAUAAACUAAAGACUUCACUUCUGACUUACAUAUUCCAUGUGUAAUUUAAUAUAAUUGUGGUACAGUACGUACAUGCUAAGAGUUCACUUAAAGUGUCCUUCUGCAUAAAUUUUCAGCAAGAAUAAGGAUUUCAAAAUGUGUAUCUACCUGUAGUUUUAUAUGGGUGUGAAACUUGGUCUCUGACAUUAAGAGAAGAACAUAAACUGAAGGUAUUUAAGAACAGGGUGACAGGAAUAUUUGGACCAAAGAGGGUUGAAAUGGUAGGAGGUUGAAAAAAUUGCAUAAUGAGGAGCUUCAUAACUUAUACUCUUUGCCAGAUACAAUUAGAACCAUUAACUUGAGGGUGAAAUGGGCAGGGCAUAUAGCAUGCAUGGGGCACAAAUGCAUAUAGGAUUUUGGUGGGAAAGCUAGGAGGAAAGAGACCACCAGGAGGACCUAGCUGAAUUUGGAAGCUAAUAUUAAAAUGGAUCUUAAGUAGGAUGGAGUGUUAUGAACUGGAUUCAUCUGGCUCAGGAUAGGGACUACUGGAGGGCUUUUGUGAACAUGGUUAUGAACCCUGAAGUUGCUUAAAUUAUUUCAAGUUUCUUGAGUAGCUUUGUGACUGGCCAUUUCUCAAGAAGGAUGGAGUUAGUUAUCUACAAAGCAGGAUCUGAAGGAGAAGAGUUAACUGCACUCUGCUGCUAACAGCUAGUUGACCCCUUGGCUAUCCAUACCAUGUCUACUCACAUUCUCAGUUAAAUUUAGUAAAGGCAAAGUAUAGUUACAUUUUCUUGACCAUGAUCCUCCUCAUAUAUUAUGAUCUGUCAACUGUACCUCUUCAUGUAUUCAUAAAAUUGCAUUUAUUGACCAUCUGAAGAUCUUGUUAGGUUUCAUUAAAUUGUGUCUGUUCCCCCAAGUUCAUGCAUAAUUCAUGUAAUAUUACCACCAUGAAUAUCAAAUCAUAUUACAUACUAUUUUACUGCUGGGAGUCCAAUUGUCUUAGUAACAGACAACUUAUUUUUUUUUUUUUACUAAGAAACCUAUACAGUUGACAACAGGAAAGAAUGACCAAUUUCAUUGUUCAAAAUAUGAAAGUUUGUGUGAUUGAAAAAUGAACCAUAGGGUUACGUCUGUGUACAUUAACACAAAUAUAUAAUUGUGAGGAAGUGUAACAGGCACAAUAUUGUCUCAUUGGGUCUUAUGAACAUUGAAAUGGAAACCACAUUUUUUGUUAUGUUUGUUCUUCAUUCUCUUUUCUUUAUGCAUUGUGCCAUAUUGCUAGGGGAAGUUCUCAAAACUUAUAUUGUAUAGAAUUUGGAAUGAACAGUAGAAGUAAAUCUACAGUUAAUUAAUAUCCAGUUACAUUUUAUGCUUUGAUAGAGCUUGACAUAUGCACGUGACGGUGCAGUGAUACAUUCUUUGGUCACAGAAAGGUGAACUUCAUAUGGGGAGGUUCAGUCUUAAAAAACUAAAAAAGGUAGAUGGUAAAGAAUAUUACUGAGUUGAAAUUGCAGGUGGUUUUGCAACUUUGAAAAAACUUGGAUGAUAAUGUACAUAUUAAUAGAGCUUGGAAAACUGUUAGAAUAUCAAAAUAUCAGCCAAAUGGAUUCUGGGUUAUUACCAACUGAAGCAGCAUAAGGCAUGGUUUGACAUAGGAUAUUCAGAACUAUUAUAUCAAAGGAAAUAAGCCAAAUUGCAGUGGUUACAGGAUAUAAGUCAUAUAAAUGGGGAUAAUGUGAACAAUAUAAGACUGAGGUUA